UUUAAACUAUCCAUUUGCUCACCUGUGAGUCGUUCAUAAACUGUUAUAAAAAGAGUAGUCCAGAGCAUAUUGCCCCAUAGAAUAUGUUCAAAUUGGUUUAUGCCAGCAAUCUGGCCUACACCAAGCAAAAAUUUGAGUGAAGUCAGAAGAACAUCUACCAGCACUUUCUAACAAGAGCAAAUAAGAACCCACAAUUUUUCUUAUUUCCAAAUACUCGAUCAUGAAAAUUUUCAUCACCUUUCUCCCACUUCUCCUCGCUCUUGGCUUCUCUGGGACAUCGUUUGCAAUUCCUUUACAAUAUCACUCAAUUUUCAACUUUGGUGACUCUCUUAGUGACACUGGAAAUUUCCUUCUUACUGGUGCCUUGGCAUUUCCUGUCAUUAGAAAGCUCCCCUAUGGCGAAACCUUCUUUCACCACCCAACAGGGCGGUGCUCCGACGGACGUCUAGUGGUCGAUUUCAUUGCUGAGGCAGCUAGGUUGCCAUUUUUGCCACCCUUUCUAGGACUUGGCAAAGGCCAAGAUUUCAAACAUGGGGUGAAUUUUGCAGUCGCCGGAGCUACAGCUCUUGACUCUAAAUUCUUCUAUGAGCAAAAGAUUGGGCAAGUUUUGUGGACAAACGAUUCAUUGAGUGUUCAGCUUGGUUGGUUCAAGAAGUUGAAGCCUUCACUUUGCACUAACAAACAAGAAUGUGAUAAUUACUUCAAAAAUUCACUAUUUCUUCUGGGAGAAAUUGGUGGAAAUGACUAUAAUUACGCAUUUUUAGUCGGUGGGAGCAUUAAACAAGUUCGAGCUUUUGUACCACUCGUUGUUCAAGCAAUAGCUGAAGCUGCCACUAUUUUGAUAGAAGAAGGUGCAGUAGAAUUAUUGGUGCCAGGCAAUUUGCCAAUCGGAUGCUCAACAAUUUACCUGGCCUCGUUUCAAAGCCCUAACAAAGCAGAUUACGAUGAAAAUGGGUGCCUGAAAGCUUACAAUGCAUUCUCCAAGUUCCAUAAUAAACAGCUCAAACAAGCCUUGGAGAUCCUGAGACACAAGUAUCCUCAUGCGAGGAUUAUUUAUGCUGAUUAUUACGCUGCAGCCAAGCGUUUCUAUCGCUCACCAAAACAUUACGGGUUUUACAAUGGAGCUCUAACCGCCUGUUGUGGAGGAGGCGGACCGUACAAUUUCAACACUUCGGCGAGAUGUGGUCAAAUAGGUUCGGAAGCAUGUCCAAAUCCAUCAACUUAUGCAAACUGGGAUGGGAUUCACUUGACAGAAGCUGCAUAUGGGAUCAUAGCCAUGGGUUUGAUCAAUGGCCCUUUUUCUACACCACCACUUAGAACAUUUCCCCUGUAAACUCGUACUAUAUCAAAAACGACAUAUCAAUACCAUUUCUUUUGUGAAAAAUAAAAUUUACUUUCAAAUUAA